AUGGCCAAGGAUCACGAAGAAACGCACGCAGAGGAGGUCAACUCCUUUCAGAAGGAUCCUGAGGAUUUUAGCCGGAGGUCUUCUCACGCGGACAGAGCCGCAGCCAUCGUUGGUGAUGAGCGCAUCGACCUCACUGAAGAGGAGAGCAAACGUAUAUGCAGGAAGAUCGAUCGUGUCAUCUUGCCAAUUCUGGUCUGGGUCUACUUCCUCCAAAUUCUCGACAAGAGUGUGCUUGGAUAUGGCGCAGUCCUCGGCCUUCGAGACGAUACAGGCCUCACCGGAGAUCAGUACAGUCUUGUGAGCAGUGUUUCGGCCAUGGCGCAGCUCGGUUGGCAACCUUUUUCCUCCUGGCUCAUCGUCAAGGUACCUCAUCGCCACCUCAUGCCUGCCCUCGUCCUAGGAUGGGGCUUGGCUCAGACCUUCAUGGCCGUUUGCCACAACUUCGGUGGUCUGAUCGUUACGCGCCUUUUCUUGGGACUCUUUGAGGCCGGCUGCCUCCCUCUCUUCUCGGUCAUUACUGCCCACUGGUACCGACGAUCAGAACAACCCUUCCGAGUGGCGCUCUGGUACGGUACGAAUGGCUUGGCUACGAUGUUUGCCGCGGCAGUCUCCUACGGGUUCGGUUCCAUUGCUAAUCCGUCAAUCGCUGCAUGGAAGAUUUUGUUCCUUACGGUAGGAAUUGUCACGGUCAUUACUGCUCCUAUCGUCUGGUGGUAUCUCGACUCGGACAUCCCGAGUGCACGCUUCCUUACCGGCGAAGAGAAGCGCCAAGCCAUCGAGCGCGUCCGUGCAAACCAGACCGGCACCGGCUCUCGCGAGUUCAAGUGGGAUCAUGUCCUCGAGGCCUUCCUGGAGUUAAAGUCAUGGCUCUUUGUCGGAAUGGUCUUGUGUCUUAAUACGGGCGCUGCUGUGACCAACACCUUUGGUCCGCUGAUCAUUCAGGGGCUAGGGUUCGACAAGGAAAUCACUUCGCUCCUGAAUAUCCCCUUUGGGGCUGUACAGCUGGCCGUGAUUCUACCCUCAUCCUACCUGGCCCAUCGCUAUCGAAUGAAGUCCCCCUUCCUCGCUCUCAUUAUGAUUCCAGUCCUAGUAGGCAAUGUCAUGCUCUACGCACUUCCACGAACAGAGCACGGGGCUUUACUGGCCGGCUACUACCUAUUCGCAUUUCUCUUCGGUGGCAACCCUCUGAUCGUCAGCUGGAUGAUCUCCAACAUCGCCGGCAGUACGAAGAAGAGUGUCAUCAUGAGCCUGUACAACGCUGGAUCGAGCGCCGGCAACAUCAUUGGGCCUCUCCUUUUCUCUGCAAAGGAUGCACCGGGCUACUUCCCUGGGUUGCGAAAGACUCUCGGCAUCGUUGCAGCCAUGAUUGCGGCUAUCGGUAUCCAAUUCGUCAAUCUGUGGUUCCUGAACAAAAUGCAGAGGAAGAAGCGUGUCAAGAACGGCAAGCCGGCGGAUAUUCAAGAUCAUAGUAUGGAGCGCCACUACACGGCCGCGACAGCCGGUAAUGAGGGCCUGAUGCAGAAUGCUCUACUGGAUUUGACGGAUCGGAAGAAUGACGAGUUUGUGUAUGUCUACUAG